AAUCCGAAGACUUUUUAAUCAUCAAUAAAAUAUUUUAUAUAUACAUACACACAAUAUAUGGCCAAAAGUUUGUGGACACCUGACCAUCACACCCUUAUGUGGUUCUUCACCAAACUGUUGCCUCCUGACCUGACAUCAGUGCCUGACUUCACUAAUGCUCUUGUGGCUGAAUGAGCAGAAAUCUCCACAGCCACACUCUAAAAUCCAGUAGAAAACCUUCCCAGAAGAGAGGAGGUUGUCAUAACAGUAAACGGGAAUAAAUCUGGAAUGGGAUGCUACGUAUCAGUUACGUAAAGAUUACACUGUGAGUGCAGUGUGAUGCUAUUACCACCCUGAAGUUGAUUAUUUUCCCAUAGAAGCAAGAGUUUUAUUCCUCUUGUUCCACAGCAAUUUGCCAGUGAAUACAAUUUUUUACUAAUUAACAAAUGAAAGAUCAUACUACGCAGCUUUAAACAGUUGGUUCUUCACUUCCUCUCGCUUGAAACUUUCCUGUGGUGCAAAGCUUAAAGUUACAGCUUUACUUCUGUGGUGCUUGUGUGCUGACACUGGAGACUCCUUCAAUAAAUACUAAAUAAAUGUCUCUUUAGAGAAAGUGUCUGCCAUACUUGUCUACCUUGUCCUGCAAAAUGGAUAAAUCAUAUCCCGGGGAAAUAUAAACACCUCAUGUAUAUCAUGGCUACUUGAAACACUAAAUCAGAUCUUUGAUCAACUUAUAAUACACAAAAUACAAAUAUGCCCUUUAGAUUCGGUUCCAUAUUAAUGUCAAACUGUCUGUGGACUGAGUUUCACUUCUCCAAAUGAACCCCAACAGCCUCACUCUUGACACAUGAAAAGAGGAGGUGCUGGAAAAAAUUAGCAAAAAGAGGAAAGGAAGUGGUGUGGUUUUAGAGAUUCAACCUACUUGGAGCUGUGCAUUUUAAAAAGCCUACUUGAGACAUUUGAGAUAGUUGAGGAUAGCAACUAUGUCAUAAGGGAGGGGGAAAAUAUACAUAUACAUACAGAUUGUGUGAGAAAUAAGAGGGUGUGUCUUGGUUUGAGAUGCAUGAGGAGCUCUGCAUUGCCCGAUCAGAGAUAUAAGCUGCUGCUCAACUGUUUGUCUGUAUUUAUCAGUCUGCGAAGAUGUCUGCACCAGCGAUCUCCAACUGCACCAACCUGUACUCCCACAGUCCUGUGGCACGUGUGCUCAUGCCGCUGGCCUACUCAAUCAUCUGCCCACUGGGGCUGCUGGGCAAUGUGCUGGCACUGCACGUCAUCUACACCAAGCUGACCAAGCUCAACUCCAGCACGCUGUACUCGGCCAACCUGGCAGUGUCAGACUUGCUCUUCUGCAUGGCUCUGCCACUGCGGGCCAUCUACUACGCCCUGGGCUUUCACUGGCCGCUGGGAGAGGGACUAUGCAAGGCCACAGCAUUGCUCUUCUAUGUCAAUUGCUACGCAGGUGUUAAUUUUAUGACCUGUCUUGCUGUGGAUCGCUUUGUGGCAGUAGCACUGCGGCCGAGGUUGGUAUGGCUCCGGAAAAUGCGGAAUGUGAAGUUAAUUUGUUUGUUAGUGUGGGUGCUUGUGUUAGUGCAGACGCUGCCAUUACUGACCAUGCCCAUGACUCAUGUGGAGCAGGAUGGCACCACUACUUGCAUGGAGUACCCUAAUUUUGAGAGCACUGUCCAAGGCUUGCCUUACAUUCUGAUUGGCGCUGUAGUUUUGGGCUAUGGGAUCCCACUGGGGACAAUCCUUGUCUGUUACUCAGCGCUCUCACACAGACUGCGGCUAGCUGCCAAGUCCAACCGCCUGACUGAGCGAUCUGGAAGGACUCAUAAGGCACGGAGUGUGAUUGCCGGCGUUGUGCUGGUGUUUGUUGUGUGUUUCAGCCCGUACCACCUGGACCUGCUGCAGUACAUGUUGCGGAAGCUUGUGUACGAGCCGGACUGCAAUGAGCUGCACUCCUUCCAGAUCUCACUGCACAUCACCGUGUGCCUCAUGAACUUCAACGCAUGCCUUGACCCAUUCGUUUACUUUUUUGCGUGCAAUGGCUACAAGAAGAAAGUGCUGAGUAUGCUGAAGCGCCAGGUCAGCCCGUCACUCUCCAGUGUAGCACCCAGUUCACCUGACAGCUCAGCAGCUCAUGAACAACAAACCCAUUUAUCCCGCCAAAACAGACACCUGACCCUGAACACCAUCGAGAACAGCUCCUGAACCUCCACAUACCUCCUGGCAGCCUUCGGACAGGAUAUAUUUUCCAGACGUAUGUCUGUAACGAACAAUUUGCACUGUAUGAGAGAUUUCUGAAUACAGAGCUGGCAGAGUUUACAUGAGGAUUUUCAUCACACCCAAACAAGUUCUCAUUCAUGUUUCAUAUCUUCAAGGAAAACUUUGUUAUAACCACUUGUUGUACUGCUUGUGUCUGUUCAAGGUGUCUUAGUUUGAUAUUCCCAAUUUGUGCUCUGUCCCACUGGGAAAACCCUUACCAAUAUAAAAGAGGCUUUCCUUUGAGAAAAGGGAUCUAGUAGAACCCUUCAGGAAGGCAGAACCCUUAGCCAUUCAAAGAACCCCUGACAGAAAACAUAAACAAUGCUUUUGAACAUCAUUGAUGGUUUAUUGUUGAGUUGUCAGCACUUGGUUUUUUGGUCAGUAUGAGUUUGAUGUAAUACAAAAGAUCACUUCCUGAAGUGUCUCCAUAGUAGAAAAAACACAAAAACUCGUUCUCCACAGGAAGUGACAAAAUCUUUACUAAUUAUCAAUUCACAUGGGAUAUAUUCACUUAUCUGGGGUUCUACUGUUAUUCUGUAGGAGAUACACAAUCUUUCCAGAGAUUUCAAGGAAAUGUGAAUCUAUCUGAUAUGUCUGGUUAGAGUGGGACUAAAAAUCACACAGGUACUAUGGUAAUAACUACAUUACCCUACUUCCUGAUGUAAAAAAUAAUCAUUGCAGAAUAGGGCUUAGGAUGGAUUACUUCUAGAGUGCAGAUCCAAGGAGAAGAGUGAAGAGAGCUGCUUAAUGUGGACAGAAUAUUGAUUGAAAUGGUAGUGCAGAAUAUCAAACCAGAUAUUAUCAUUAUAUUAAGCCUACAGGAAUUGUGGGACAUAUCAGUAUACACAUGUCAGAUGUGGAUAGUAUGUAUAUAAUAUGUAUACAAUAUGUGUACUAUAAAGUAUAAAUGUGUUCUAGCAGUAAAUGGCAAAGAUUAAAUUGUAUUUUUUUUCUUUUUCCCCCCAUCAAUGGCACUGCACUGGAUUUCUGACAGGAAGUGGAUUGUAUACUGAAUUUUACUGGUUUGAAAAAUACCAAAAAGCCUGUGGGCUUGCAGGGAGUCCAACUGGUGUGCACCGAAGACACUACAGAAUAACCAUUUCAAACAUUAAAUGAGUGAAUCUCUAGAGAGUAUAAUAAUCUCAUAAUAAGAAAUAUAUAAAUUCACUUGCAAUUUUUACUUUUAAGAUUUUCAGGACAUCAUAUUACGUCCAAAAAAACUUUACUAAGCAGGCGUAAAGCAAUAGAGAUAAAUUUACUGUUUCCCUUUGCCUCUAAUGUAGUCAUUAGCCAAGGCAUGUUUGCUUCUUUAGUAUUUCACUGGAAUUACUAAGAUAAUGAAGCUAACAUGUAAUGAAGGCUUAUAGUGGCCUGUUUAGCAUUAUAUGCACUGACUAAAAUCAUUAGUGAAGGUGUAUGGAACAUGCGUAAUAAGCUGCAAAACCUGUGUGUGAUAAGCACCAUCUGAAAGUACUUGUGGAAAAAUAGACACUAUUAAAACUAUUUUGCAACCUUAAUGCAACAAAGUUAUUAAAUAGUUAUAUAAUCAAUACAAUUAAAUAAUAAUAGUAUAGUAAUAAUAAUAAUAAUAAUAAUAAUAAUAAUAGUCAUCAUCAGCAUGUGAUAUGUGCAAAUUUUCUUCAGUAUACAUUAGUAUCUUUUAAAAAAUCCUACAAUUGUUAUUAAACAAUUUGUUUCAACUAGUGAUUUACUUUACUAUUUUAUUUUAACAAUAAGGAAGAAAAAAAUCCAAAGCCAAGCGAGAUUCGAAUAUCUAACCCCUGAGACAAACAACCUACUAAUGCACCAUGGCAUUAGGUGGUUAUAAUUGAACACUUUCAAAUAAAGACUAGCAAUGGCAAACUUCUGCGCUAUAAAAAAGUGUUAUCCAAAUUGCUAAAUGCUGACAUAAAUGUAUAACCUAACAGAAACGCAUAGUUCUUCCUUGAUUGGAUAAUAACAAUGUUUAAAUUCACUGGCUGUCAAAACCAGCAUUUUAGAAAAUGGCUCCUUUUUUACACCGUCAAAGCGGAACAAAAGUAUUAAGAGUUUAAAAAAAAAAAAAAAAAAUGCCACAUUAUGGAAAGCCUUUUACUGCUUUAUAAAUAAUUCCAUAAUGGCGAAAAAUACUUUUUUAAUGCCACUCUCAAAUGCUACAGUGACACAUGCAUGUUUUGUGGUGAAAUGUGAACCUACUGGUGUUCCACUCACUCCAAUGUGGCACAGUAUUGCCUUUUUAUGUGCUGUGAGCUACAUAUCUCACAAAAAGUAAAAACUGCACGCUCCAGUGCCUUUUUGUUAUGGUCCCACAGGAUCCCAGUCCUGAUGCACUCCUCUAGAUCAAACCUUAAUUCAACAGACAUGAACAGAGAGUUCAACCAAUCCAUCAUAUGCAUGGGAAAAGUUAAAGUCAGGGGGUGUUAACACUAAAGUUCAAGUAAAAUGUGUAUAUAGCGAAAAUUUUGAGCAAAGAUAAGCCACAGUUUUAUCAAAGGAAACAAUCAUUCUUAGAAGCACAGUUCCUCUCAACACUUCCCUGAGAACAAUGUAAACAGUACUGCUCUCUCUGUGCACACAGCGCACUCAGGUGGUUCAGACACAUAACUGCAUGAUGUUUCUGCAUGUUCCUUAGUAACAAGGAUGUUAAAUGUUUAAUAACAAUGCGUUCUAUUACAUGUACAGGCAUAGUCCUCCAGUGAAAAUAAAAAAGCUGGUACAAACUCAAUCACUGUAAUAAAUCACAUGGA